UAUCAUCAGUAGUUAGUUGUGAGUUGUGAAAGUUACCGUAUUUGAAAGAACCCUAAGUGUUGUAAUAAAUUCCUUACAUUUAAGUUUUAUUUUCGGCUGAACUUUGUGAGUUUAAUAUUCAACUAGGUAAAACUAACCUAAUCCUUGCUAAACAUUUCUUAGGAAGGAAUUAAUAAUCCACCUUAAAUGUAUUCAACAAUUCCUAAUAGGCCUUGAUUUUGACAGUGACUGAACGAAAUAAGUUUGCACAAAUAUUUUUACUGAGCAGAAAGUUGUUGACAAUUGGUUUAUUAAGCCUACAGUCUAAGGGAUGUUCAGUUUUUAUCUUUCAUUCUAGCCUAUUGAAACGAACUUGUGUAGUGUAAUAAGCACAUCAAGAUGAGCUCUGCACGUUUAGUUCGAAGCACAAAAAGUAGACUUUUUAUUUAUAUAUGUGGCGUGUUUGCAUUCGGCAUAGUUGUCUAUUUGUUCCAUGGAAGUCAGUUGCAGUUGGAUGACAAUCGUAAAGCACUUGCUGCUUGCAACCAGCAGACAGAAUCGCUAUCAGCACAACUACAAGUCAUUUUUGAAUAUAAAUUAAGGCUAGAAAAGUCUUUACAAAAGGAAAAAACUGAACACAAACAGACAAAAGAAGAAUGUCAAAGUAGAGCAAAACAAGAGAAAGAAGAAAGAGAAAGAGACUUGGUAGAGGCAGCAAACAAAUACAGCGCACUUCAGCAAAGCACAAAACUCUUGCAGAGUAAACAAAAAGACUUGGAAGAUGACAACAACAAUCUCAGGCAGAAGAAUCUCAAAUUGUUGGAGGAUCUGGAGCUCCAAAAGAAACAGUACAACGCUAAGUUGAAUGAGGAACAACAGUUGCGAGCCAGCAAAGAAAAGGCAAUUGAAAAUUUGAAGACCAGAAAUCUAGAACUAGAAGUGAAGUACAAUAAAUUGUUGGACGAAUUUGAUCAAAUGAAGAAGGACAAAUCACCGGAUUGGAACAGGAUUUCCACUCUGGAAAAGGCCAAAGUUCAGCUUGAGAGAGAGUUGGAGGCUGCAAAGAGCCAGCUGGAGAACUGCCAAGGAGGCGAGAAGCGAGUGAGUGUACCGGGAGACAACCAGUCGGGUGUGGAACCUUCUAAGCUUAUGUCUGUCAACAAGGUUGGCAACAACUCCACAACUCCCGUCAUCAACCCUGAGGCCGUUAUUGAUCAUGACGGGUCAUCGCCUAAACCUUCACUCUCCAAGAGUACGAAAUCCGUUUCUGCAGUUGGCGAAAGCAGUAAAAAACCAACUCAGGCGGUGGCUGCCCCAAUACAGCAGCCGAUGAAACAGGUGGACGCAGACGCUGAGAUGAACCGUCAGAUUCCGAUGCCGCAGAACCUUGCAGCGCCACAACCUCAGUCUCCUGAGAACACAGUGAUCAAACGGCCCGAGAGUCAUCGGGAGGAUGAUAACAAUGGUGGGGAGGUUGGCAAUAUCGCCGGACCUCUGAAUCCUAUACAGGAGCAGGCUGCACCUCCGUUACAGGGUGAAAGUAGAGGAGUGGCGGCGUUGGAAACAGCCAGAAACAAAGCCAUGAAUGCGAUACCUUGGGAAGAUGACGGACCUCAGAAUUUGAGGGAUGGAGCGCAUGAAGAGGGAGAAGAAGAGGCUCCUUUACCUCAUAAUCAGUGGCGAGUAGGAGAUGAAGGAAACAAGGUGUUACCCAAUCAUAUGAACCAUGACUACCGAGAGGAAUAUGAAAGAGAUCAGAACCAAGAAGAAGAUGAAGAAGGAGAACAGAUGGAUUACAUCGGGCCGGACGCGGCGCUCAAACCACCUAAACCUCCCGUCAAUAGGUUCCCUCAGUUUAACCACAAUGUUGGAGGCGGAGGAGGAAUAAUGUUAAACCCGAAGUGAAGAGGACGGAACAUGUAAUGGACAUCUGUUAAUGCCAUAGUGUACAUUUGUGAAUAAAGGCUGUUUUUUAACUUUU